UUGACAAUUACGUGCUUGUUUGACCAUUCACCUCCUCCUCCCCCACCCGGUCCUCCUCGCUCCCCAAAUUUCUUGGCUGACAUUUCCGUUCAGGAGCUCGUCAGCUCGGCGCGCAGCCCGCAGGAGGUGUGGUGGGUGGUCGGAGGACUCAAUCUUUGUUCUUCUGCCACGAGGAGAUCGAGAAUUGUAGAAGAAUAA